AUGUCUCAGCCUGCCAUCGAGCCUACGAUACCUCAGCCCGGCGGCGAUGCCAACGUAUCCCCACCCGUUGUCAGCCAAGAUGAAGACCCACUGCUCAUCGCCCGCCAUAUUCACCGUACUGCCCACCGCCCUCAGCCAUUCCUUGCUCGCAGCUGCUGGCCCUCGCUAGCUCAGUUCUUUGCAAUUGAUCACCUCAUUGGAGUCAACAACAGCGCUCACAUCGUCUUCCUCGUUGUUCGCCAAGCCAAACCAGAGCAGCCACAGGCACAGCCCCAAUUGCAAGACCAGCAUGCAAUGCCUACUUCCGAAGCAAGCACGGUACCAGCCGUCGUGCUACCAACGAGCAAUCCUGCGGUCGCCUCUGCUCUGAACAACGACACAGACAUCACUCCAUCUUUCCGUCCACUGCCAUUCCCAGAGCAGAGAAUGGUCUGGGUGCAGACGUCCGUAUGGACAACCUUCAACGACGCCCUCAGGGAGCUCCGAGAAACUUUGAUGCGCAUGAUUCACCAGGAACCGGUGUUCAACUUCCAGCAUAGGCCCAUGAGCCUGGAGAAUCACGAGGGCUCGGAGGCCCAACCCGCGGUCGAUGGCAAGGAGGAGGGAAGCGAUGCUGAACAAGUCGCGAAAAGCAAGCGUGCCCGUUGCGAUAGCUCUGACGAAGUUCAGAGCAUGACAUUCGAAGACAAGAAGCACAAGAACAAGUGA